GAAAUCAAAACAUGUAAGCUCUAAAUUCUCGAAAAUACCCUCAUAACCUUACUUAACAAAUUCACUUUCACGCCACUUCACAGUUCCUUUCAAUUCAAGGUUAAAACAGUAAAUUCACCACCGAAAUUUCUCACACUUGACACUACACAUUUCCGUUACAUUCUCUCCCGCCACCGGUUACCGGCACAACCGAUAAUCGCCACCUUCCAUUUCUUUCUUCUCCUUAACAUUAAUCACUUUCCAUAAUUGCCCCUCCCCGGGGGCUAUAAAUUCAAUUUCGAUUUUCAACAAUCUCCGAAAACCAAAACCCUCCGAUUUCAACCGCUAGGGUUUCUCUUCUGUUAAAAUGACCGAUCUUGAUGACGAAGAAUUGCAAAUGGCGAUUCAGAUGAGUAUGCAGUGUAUGCAGAUAUCACCAUCGGAGCCAAAGAGAAGUAAUCCGGUUGAAACUGCCGCCGGUGAAGUAGUUUCGGAGUUACCGGAAGCAAAUAAUCGGCGGUUUCAGAGGGAGAAAAUGGCUGCUGCUGCUGAGAAGAGGUUGAUGGCGGGAAGUGAAAGCGGCAGCAAUGUUGUGAAGAGAGAGAAUCAAGAAGUUGAGGAAUUGGAAGAUGGAAGCAUUGUGAGUAAAGAUUUAUCAAUUGAAGAAGUGAAUGAGUUGUUUGUUAUGGUUUUUGGUUAUGAAGUUUCUAAGGGGAUUCUUGAACAAUGGUGCAAUCAAGGAAUAAGGUUUAGCUCUGAUCCAGAAACAUCCAUUGGCCUAGUGCAGCAUGAAAGUGGACCAUGUGGAGUUUUGGCAACUAUACAAGCAUUGGUGCUCAAAUACAUUCUUUUCUUCCUUGAUGAGUUGAAAGACUCAGUAAGUAUGCCACAUAACUGGGAUCCAAGCACUAAGUUUAAAAGUCAAACAGUUCCAUCAUCAAAUAAUUUUUCUUCACUCACUGAAGAUGUAAAAAUAAGUGCCCUUGUAAGAAGUAUGAGUGAAAUAUUAUUUUUGUGUGGAAGUAAUGAAAGGGCUGUGAUUGCAACUUUGAGCAUUCUAGGCAAUAACAGUCAGCAUUCUGAAGAAAUUUCAAAGAAUGAGGGUAUUACAGAAGCUCUUGAAGGUCUUUCUAUUGAAUCGGCAUUGGAUCUGCAAAAAGUUCUUAGAGUUGAAACAUACACAUCGCGAGCAAGUUUAUUAAAGAGGAUCGAAGCUACGAUGCCCUUAUUCCAAAGUCGUAUGGGGGCAUUGCUUUUCUUGACUUCUGCUUUACUUUCCCGGGGACUGGACUUGAUUCAAACAGAUAGGGACGAUCCCAGCCUACCUUUGGUAACUGCUCCCUUUGGGCAUGCAUCCCAGGAAAUUGUAAACUUACUGCUCUGUGGGCAGGCUGUGUCUAAUGUGUUUGAUGGGAGAAUGGAUUUAGGUGGAGGAAUGUUUUUGAAAGGUGUAUCUAAUAAUGUGGAAGUUGGGUUUCUCACACUGCUAGAAUCCCUAAAUUACUGCAAGGUUGGUCAGUAUUUUAAAUGUCCAAAGUGGCCGAUAUGGGUUGUUGGCAGUGAAUCCCAUUACACAGUAUUGUUUUCUCUUGACACCAACGUUCAAAACGAAAAUGAACUGGAAGAAAGGGAAUCACAGAUUCGCAAAGCUUUUGAUGCUCAAGAUCAGAGCGGCGGUGGUGGUUUCAUUACUGUAGAAGGGUUCCAUCAAGUUCUAAGAGAAACAAAUAUCAAACUUCCACGAGAGAAGCUUGAGCACCUUAGCAGUACAGACUAUAUUGUAUGGAGUGAGUUCUGGCAAGUCAUUUUGGAUCUAGACAAGAGUUUGGGAGGUUUGAAAGAUUCAUCAGGACUGAUGGGUAAGAAAGUCUUCGAUCUUUAUCACUUCAAUGGAAUCGCGAAAUCAGAUUUGAAUGGCAGUCAGGUAAAUUCCGGGGUUGACAGUCCACUACAAAGACCGAGGCUCACUAAAUUGAGAGUUUCAGUUCCUCCAAAGUGGACUUCAGAGGAAUUUAUGGCAGAUGUAACAAUUUUCUCCGCUUUUAGUGGAACUGAAUCUUCUGGGAAGGACCCUGAAGUAUCAAAGCCUGAGCCUUCCCAGCAUGCACCUUUGGUAGACUGCAUAAGGACUCGAUGGCCCCGCGCUAUCUGCAGCUGGUCAGGGGAUCCUCCUAGUAUAGUCUGAGCAAUAGCAUAUGUAUGGAUUUGAUUUUCAUUGUGCAAUACCGCCUCACAAUACAAAUCUGACCGUGAUAUCAAGAAGCUUCAUUUUGUUGCUUCUAAGUGUCCGCACGGUAACACCGUGAUUUCUUAAAAUUCCAUACACAUACUUACAUGGAGUCAUUUGUUGUUUUUGUGUGUCUAACAUGGAGAAACAAUUGGUUUAGCAAUGCAAAAGAAAAGAGGUAAAUUUUGUGUUAUGCUCUGAUGUUGUAUUUUAUGGCACAUAUUUGAUGCCAAAUCAUCAAAGUUUUCUUCAAUGUGCAUACCUGUUUUAUAAUGUGGAGUAAUUUGUCUUUCAACAUUUUCUUCAGUUUUGUAAUAUCGUUCAAAAGGUUACUAGGAAGAGCGUUUUCAUAUACAUGUUAAGCCGGCUUGUAUGUUUCAUCCAGAUGUGUGUUAUUUAUUGUUCUGGGAUUCUAAAUAGCAAAAAUUGAAUAGUUAUUUAUAUUUAUAAUAAUAUCAUCGCGCCAUCUACUGUUGAGCAAUAGC